AUGAAAAGGAAUGCAGUGAUGGAAUAUUUAACUAGUGUUGGUGCAUUGAAGACAGUGAAAAUGUUGGUUCUGUCAAAUAUGUUUCGUGCACAAAAUCAAGUGGGUCCCAGAGGCGUUGAAGCGCUGGCUGUGGAUAAAAUGAAGAAAUGCGAAUUGACGUCGCAGAGUUCUCUGAGAAUAAAGCAUAGGACAAAAACGCACGAUGACGUCAGCACGAAAACUGAUGACACCAAAUCGGCUAGACGAGAAAAGUGUCUCUCUAGCAGUGUGGACGCUAUUAUAACACGCGAUGACAUUAAAAAUAAAGUGAUAUGCAGUGCCAAAGGUUUAUUAGAAACAAAUUUAGAUGAUCUUUUUGAUGACGUCGGUGAUUGGUCGGAGCCAAAGAGUUUGGGGGCUAGCGAGCCGACGUUGAGUUACAACGAGGACAAUUUUAGGAGUAAGCGUGGAUCUCUCGUGUCAGAGGAUGACAGUGGUGAAGAUACAGCUACUGACAGCGACUGCUUGGAUGAAGUUGCGCGCGAGCAGAGGAUAUGUCUUGGUGCUCGCCGCAUCGGACACAUCCUACGGAGAGUCAUAUCUAGAAAUGGUGAGUUGGAAAAAUAUAUUUAGUUUAUAUUGUGGAUGUAUCAUUGUGAAUGUUUAAAGUACAGCCUUAAUCUUUUCUAUUUUCCACACUGUUCAAUUUAUUUGACAAAGAAAUUUCUUAUCAAAAAUUAUCGAUUUUGCGACAGACAUAUCCUGUGCAGCGUAUGUCCUAAAUUGUUUUGUUUAUUUAUACAUAAAAGGAAAAAGUAGAAUUUCUAGUUCCAUAUAAUCCCAUUAUUUUUAACACACACUAAUUAUCCUAGCCCCAAAAUAAGCACUGAAAGACUUGUGUUAUGAGGGAUGCGGAUAGAAUAUGUAUCAUCAUCAUCAUCAGCCUAAUUAAUGUCCCCAUGAAUAUGAAUACUGAUACUGAUAUAUAUUUACAUAUAUGUAUAAAUAAAACAAUUCGUG